UUUAUCCUAUAAGAUGAACUUGGAUACGAUUCCCUUAUACCAGGAAAAUAUUGAGAAAAAAUUUUGUUAAUUGUCCGCAUAAAACUUGUAAAUGCAUCACAAAUAUAACAUUUCCUGUAUCUUCAUAAUUGUCCAUUUUAUGUCCAAUUUAAAUUUAUCAUCAGUACUUUGGGCCAGUCUUGACAUUGGUUGCGCAGGCGAUCAGUGUGGACGAGGACGUGACAUUGAUCUCUGAAUUACAAACAAGUUUUGUCCCGCCAGGAUGAUGAGUGUGUAUUCAGACUAUCUGCAGGUACAUUUGUGUAAGCGAGAUUACAUUGCUACUUUCAAUUGUGUCAAAACUAGUGUAAUUGGUAUGUAAUAAUAAGAAAGUAUUUACCAAUAAUGUCUGUUCAGAAAUCUUUGUGUCAUUGCCUUAACUUCAAAAGAAUUGUUCAGUUAAAAUGUAUUUAUCAGAAAAAUAGGUAAGAACUAUUUUCCAGAUGUGAAUGAAAAUAUUGUAGUCCCUGAUAUACAGCAUCCAUUAUAGUAUUCAGACACGUCAUCUGUCGGUAUUGCCUCGGCCAGCUUCGCUCGCAUUUUGUGUCGCAGCCAACCACACUUUGUCGUUACUAGAGUCUGAGUACCACUCCUUGCAUCACUGGUUUUGUUGCUUAUGCGUAUUGAGGCAGUCAAUUAAAUCUUACUGUUUUGAUUAGGAUGUUGGUAGGUUGAAUGUUCACUCAGAUAUGUUGGCUGUCAUGAAUUGUUCUUGGGCUACCAGCCGUGUAAGGUGGCUUAAUGAAGAAAACGCCAGCGUUUUGAGUACCAUCUUUGUCCUCGUCCUCCGUGUACAGUAGUUGUAGGAGAUCCCGUCCGUGCCCUGUGUCUGCCUGACCCAGUUUCAUGUUAUUGGCUGGUGUGCAGAGUGACGUGCUUGCUAUUUUUAGCCCAGCUUUCCGAAUGGAUAACAUGUUCGUUACCAAGUACCAGGUCUGGCUCAAUUAGAAACCCCCGUUUUAGAAUUUUGUGUCAGUUCUUAUAUGAUGAGUCAUUUUUAUUUUUAUUGAAGCUCAGUGUACAGUAAGGGUUAUUUUAGGUUGUACAAAUAAAAAUUAAAUUAUGCAAUAACUUUUAAUGUAGAGCAUUCCAAUAUCAAAUUUUAAUAUACUGAUGUAGUACGUGACCUUCGCAUUAUAUGUAGCUACUUUGUGCAAAAAUACUCCAGGAAUUCAGAUUUGCAUCAAAGUAAAUAAAUAUUGAAAAUACCUCAAUCACACAAAAAUGCCAUAAUCCAGUAUACAGACACAUUUAAAACCUAAGAUUUGAUAAUAUUUUUGUUUUAAUUAUAAGUGGGUUACAAAAUAACUAUAAAAACAGUGUACAGAUAGAAUGUAUACUGGACCAAACCUAACCUAACCUAACCUGACCUGCAUUGUUGGUAUGUGGAAUACAAAGUGGUAAGUUUAUUAGUUUUCACUCACACAGCAUAGGAUUUGAGGUUUUAGGUUAUGCCUUGUGGUUUUGGAGGAACAUACUACCUCCAUCAUCAAGGUUCACCAGAAGACCACAAUGUAAACUUAAUGGUGUGUUGAAAACAUUGUAUAAAUAUUCAUUGUCUUGAGUUCUGCCUCUGUCCAAGCACCAUUCCAGGUGGCUCUUCUGUCUGUUGCAACAUAGAUUGUGCUGGAUACAAUUGAUUUUUUGAAGGUACAUUAAUGAUGGUACAGUUGGCAUUAUGGCUUUCAUGUGUAGAAAUUGCUUGUUUCACAGUUGAAUUGCAUGACAGCUAGUGAUGUAUUGUAUGGAAAUACCAUUUGUGAAUCAGUGUUUGGAUUUUUUAUUACAAUUUUAGGGUAGCUACCUGAAUAUAAAUGCAUGGACAAGAAACAUGGAAAUGUGCUCAAGAAGCUUCACAAAUGGAAUCAAGCUUUUGACAAGACUCCAUGUGUUCAGUUUUACAUAUAAGGUCAAUCCCGCUGAGAAUCACAUUGACAUCAACGAUGGCAGAUGGGAACAGAAGGGCAGUAGUACCCUGCCUUCUCAGCUAGGAGCGUCUGCCUGUCUGACACCAGAAAGCGAGGCAUCUGGGGACAGCGUGACCUUAGCAGCGGAUGCUGCACAUGGCUUAGGCGGUAACCCUUGCACGCGAAAAUCCAGCAAAGCAAAAAGAGUGAAGAACUACCUGAAGAAAUGCAAGAACGCGGCUCUCGGCAACUCUGGUGGUGGCCACGGCGAAGAACAGGAGCUCAGGACAGAUUCAGCAGUUGAACGCGAAAGACCGGAGGCGCCUCGGGUUCGCGUCUCGAGGCGACGGAGCGGCAGUGGCAACAGGGACGUGUCUAGCACGUCGUGGUACGUUCCGACUGACCCGAAGCCGCCGCCCAACCUCGUGUCUGUUGUUGAAGUGUUACCACCAGGACACGCCGAUGAACCAGCCUCUGACAAUGCUAACAGCGCCGUCAUAGAAACUGUGUCCGAUUCAGUCUGUUCCGCGUCUCAUCCAAGCCAAAAUGACCCUGGUGAUGUCUUAGAUUCGCGAAAUGAGGGUGGGACGAUGGUCGUGACCUUGGAAUCGCAAAAUGAAAGUACUCCUUCCAGUUGUUUGGUGGAGGAUGACCCCAAGUCAUUGAAUUUGCCUUCUCGUGACAACCAAAUCGACGCAGUUCCAAAUUCACAUGAAUCGUCAGAGAACAAAUGUGAUGUGGCGACACUUGUGGAGCGGUAUCUGGGGUCCUUGUACCCAAACUUCCCAAGAGUCCGUCCCAUUCUGGUGCGACAAGCUCGUGACCUUCUGGUUUGCACCUUCCACGGCAACCUGGCUCGUUUCGAGUGCGAGUUCUGUGUCCCGGCGUCUCAGCUCCUGCGUGAGGUCAGGGACAUCGCCGACCGAAAGGUAAGUUCCUGCUUCUUAAGGCUGGCUGAUGAAGACGUUCCUCCGAAGGGAGUCCCUAAACAUAGCGGAGAUGUGGUAGCACCGCGGGGGUGGCCGUUGUCGCUAGGAAGCAGCGGAGUGAUCCUUCAGCUGGGCGAGUUGGACCCCACUCUGCUGAGAAACCGCGACUGUUACCUGUGUGUGCGACGGGGCACCGGCCCCCGCGUUGAGGUCGCCUUCGUUUGGAAGUGUGAGGCGUUUCUGAGCAGUCGGGCGCUUGCUGUUACGUCCCCCCCACACUCUGCUCUAGAGACGCCCGUCACGUUGGAAAUGGCCGCUACCGACGAGGGUCAGGACCUCCCCGGCUUGCUCCAGAGUCUCCUGGUUUCUGUGGAGAGGGCAAUCGAGCGAGUUCCUCUCGACGUCCUGGCGUUCCCGUGUCCUCGGUGCCGUGACGAAGUGAUCGCGGAGGACAAUGGCGUGGUGUGUGGGUGUCAGUGCGUGUGCCAACAGCAGAGCCACGUGGAGAAGAAGGACACGUCCAUACAAACCAGUCCCAUGUUUGAGUUCGUGGGUUCUAUACCACACAUUGACAGCGACGAAGAAAAUGAUUCUGCUCACGAACCUGAUGGAACUACGAGGAACUCUGACCUCAGGUCAAGGGAUGUGGUGAUAAUGAACAGACCGGAGCUGGUUACAUCUCCUAAGAGAAUCGUGGAGCUGCCCGAGAAGCUGCUUAUGUCUGGAAUCCACUUGCCUGGAACCUCUGACCUAAAGGAACGUCCAUUGGUGGUAGUGGAUGCUGCUACAGUUUUGAAGGCUUCUCUCGAUAGCAAACAGAUCGCUUCUGUGCUGUUAUACUACGCAUCAUUGCCAAGACCGGAGAAAUUGAAGGAUGGUUUCACCGUGUUGAUUCUCUGUGCAGAGUCCGAAGGAUCAGCGCUGGACCUCUUGGAUAAGGCUCUAUCGCUUGUGGCAGCACAGAUGAACAUCGGCAACGUGUUGCUAUGGCGACCGCCUUCAACCAGCGACAGAUGGCAGCUGAAUCAUGACGUACUGGAGAACAGCAGAUUCAAGGUCCACGUCGUGACUGAUGAGAGGGACUUGUGUCAGUACAUCUCAGAAGAUCAAACCCCGGUGAAUUGUGGGGGACGUUCGACCCACGAUCAAGUGGAGUGGGUUGAGUUUUACAAGGAAGUGGAGCCGUUCCUUGGGCAGUGCCACGCGUGCGGUCGACGCCUGGUGUCCGUAAUGUCUGAGCUGAGGUCGACGGAGGGACAGAGACAGGUCACGCGGCGUCAGCUUCAUCAUCAGCACAGGGCGUUGACCCGGGCCCUCACUGACCCCGAGCUUCAGCGUCUUCGCCGUGAAGGGAACGCGACGCUGGCCAGACUCGAGGAGCGUUCCCAGUGGCUGCCGGCCAGCGAGGACGUCAGGCUGUCUGCUGAGAGGGCGCGGCGUCUGUUCGUUGAGGUGGACCGCGCCGCGCGUCGACUGGAGCAGUUGGCGGAAGGACGCCGGGAGCGGCUGCGAGACUUGGCCAGGGUGCGCGCUCUGGAAGACGAGGCGACGCAGGUGCUAUCAUGGCUGUGCAGGAAAGGCGACGAGACUCUGAAGAGGCACACGGAACUUGCUACCAACCUGCCGGCAAUAAAGGAACAAGAAUUAGACUUCGAGAAGUUUUACUUCAUCUCAAUGCGCCACUUGGACAAAGGUAGCGACCUCCUGGAGGAGGCAGGUCAGUGCGGCAAUGACGCUCGAAAUUCGGGGUCCAUUUCCAGCUCUUCGGGGCUUAAGGAACUUGCUCGCUCGCUCAAGCAGCACCUCCGGGGAUUUAGCGAGCGCCUGGAAGACACACGAGAACGUCUGGAAGAUACUUCGCGAUGUUUCUAUCUGCUGGACAAGGCUUAUGAGUGGGCUCUGGAGAUGUCGAAGUACAUGUCCCGGGUGAAGGCAGACGACACGCAGUCGCCUGUACAAACUCUGCAGGUGAUGAAGCAUCUCCAACAGUACCUGAUGGCUCACCCGCCCAUUGCCGAGGACCACUUCACGGAGAUGAUGCAGCUGGCUCGCAGAUUGGGCAAUGAAAAGUUGAUGGAGCAAGCGAAGGUGGCUCAAGCCAGGUGCCAAGAAACAAUGGAGCUGAUCCAAGCGCAGCAGUCGCGGUUGGUGCAGGCGAGGCGGCAGCAGGGCGUAUAUGACAGAGAUGAAAGUUUCUGUAGCAGCUUGGAUAGAUCUUGUAUCAGGCCUCUGAGCCCAAAAUCAAUCCAUCAAGGGUGGAACACAUCUGGGGUAGUCACAAGCACUCCGGCCGGCAGCGUCGGCGUAGGACGCCGACGCUCGGUAGGCUCGUUCCCAUACAUCUACAAGUGCAACCACGACGCGGCAGGACACGCGUGUUCGUGUUGGGACCCCGUGCCGUCCUCGGUGCUGGAGGAGUCGCAGGACUGCUGUUGUAACGGUUCAGGACCCAGGCCGAACAAUUUGGGGAACAUUCAGGAAGUGCGCGAAAGUGCCGAGGACCUUUUGGACAGCGAUGGUCUUGCCUUGGGAAAGGACGAAGACGACGUCUGUGUGAGGUGCGGUAAUCCGUCUGCUUUGGACCAGAGGUGCGAUGGCAACGGAGCACGGCAGAUUUAUAAGAGGCACCUGCGUCGUUCCUGCACGUGGCAGUAUCCCACCGAGAACUUUGACGACGAAGAUCCGUCAUGUAAUGGCGGUAGUGUGGGUAGUGACAGUGGUACCAGACUCUGCGGCGCUAGUGAUGACCAUAAGUAUGAUUACGCCACUGACAAUUCUGGAGACAACACUACUGAGGGCAGCGACGGCUUCACUAAAAGUGGUGAAGAUCUUGAAGAACAAGAUGGUUCUGGUGUCGUCAACAAGCCAGUGCCUCCAGUCACAGUCAAUAGCCAUCUGCACUGCUGUGCGUCAAAGCUGGAUCUAGCUGCGACAGCCCCAGGGAGCAAGGAACUCAAAACACAAAAGACUUUCCUGUUAAUAAUGAGGGAGAUGGUUCAGACAGAACGGGAUUAUGUGAAGUCCUUGGAGUACAUAAUCGAGAAUUACAUUCCUGAGCUGUUGAGGGAAGAUAUUCCUCAGGCUCUCCGAGGGCAACGUAAUGUUAUUUUUGGUAAUGUGGAAAAGAUUUAUGAAUUCCAUAGUCAGUAUUUCUUACAAGAACUGGAGAAAUGUGAGAACAGCCCACACCUCGUCGGCCAGUGUUUCCUUCGUCAUGAGAAGAAGUUCUACUUGUAUGCCCUUUACAACAAGAACAAGCCAAAAUCUGAUUCACUGAUGUCAGAAUAUGGAACGUCUUUCUUCAAGACGAAGCAAGUCGAGUUGGGAGACAAGAUGGAUCUGGCUAGCUACUUGCUGAAACCGGUGCAGCGAAUGGGCAAGUACGCUCUACUGCUUCAACAGCUCAUGAAGGCGUACCCUGACAAGGAAGUGGACGUGACUGACAUUAGAGCUGCUGAACAGAUGGUCCGAUUUCAGCUGCGCCAUGGCAAUGAUCUACUUGCAAUGGACUCUCUGAGGGACUGUGAUGUAAAUGUCAAAGAACAAGGAAGGCUGCUUCGACAAAAUGAAUUUCUAGUCUGGCAAGGAAAGGGAAAGAAGUGUCUUCGUCAUGUUUUCCUAUUUGAAGAGUUAAUCUUGUUCAGUAAAGCUCGGAGAUUCCCUGAUAGGAAGAACCUGGAUUUGUACAUAUACAAGAAUAGCAUUAAGAUGACGGACAUUGGACUCACCGCAAAAAUCGGAGACAGCACAACAAAGUUUGAAAUCUGGUUCCGCAAAAGGAAGCCGAACGACACCUUCACUUUGCAGUCCAUGUCCGAAGAAAUUAAACAAGUAUGGACGGAAGAAAUCUCGAAAUUACUUUGGAAGCAGGCGCUGAGAAACAGGGAGAUGCGCCUCGCUGAAAUGUCUUCGAUGGGGAUUGGAAACAAACCCUGCCUAGACAUCAGACCGAGUGCUGAUCAAAUAAGCGACAGGUCAAUCAGCAUUGCACAGCUGAGCAAAACUGCCCCGCGGUUCCGCAACUCAAUCACGGUGUCGUCAGGAGAGCUCUUGCGUAGCAACAAGCGACCUCAUUCUAUAAUUUCUGUGAGCAGUUCUUCUUCUGGUGGGAGUAGCAGCAGCACCACCAGUCACUCCUCUGCUUCAGGAUAUGGGCCUCUAAUCAACCUGGGGUUUGACCCCGCAGACAGCCCCCACAUGCAUCACCGGUCCACCACUCUCAACAGUCAGUGCUCUAUGGAAAGUGGAAUUAUAGCAGAUAUCUCGUUGGGAUCUGAAGACACUGAUGGCAGUGGCAACCACUGGCACGUCGAAAGAUCAAACAGCUCCGUGACGUCAGCGUCUCUGGACUCUUCUAUGUCUCCUACAUCCCCAGUUUCGCCCACUGACGAGGACAAGAACUGCCUCGCUCCAAACCAAGCUAAGGAAAACAAUUCAGCGCAGGAUUUGGAAACGGACCAAGAGGAACUAACGAUUAAAUUGUAACAAAUAAUACGAACAGUUAAUGACUAGAAUUAAUACUCAACGUAUUUACGUGACACUAAAUUGUAAGCAAGGUAACUCUCACGUCUAGAGAUCAGUUUUAUUUUAGGACGGGUGUUCCCAUCCUCCUUAGGCUAAAGUCUGAAAUUCUUUUCCUCCUCUUACAUAACACGGUCCGUUCAGUCUUUCAGAAUCUCGUUAUAUAUUUUCGUAUGAUUACUCAGUGAAUUUAAUAUAAAGAGAACAAUUCACUAUUUCGCACAAGUCGCCUUCCUUCCGUUGUGUAUUCACUUAUGAACUUGUCAUUUAAUUUUCAUAGACGUUAGUACUCCGCACGAAAUAUGGAUCUGAGCGAAGCAGGAAGACGUCACUAAGCCAAUUUGCCGAACAGUCCGUAAUUCAGCUUUAUUCUGACAGUCUUCCACUUUCACGCUAGAAGUCGUGCGGAAAUAAAUACGUCUCAAAGUUUUGGGUUAGUCUUGACGUAUUUCAGUGGUCCACGUGCUACAGGAGGAGAACUACGUAUUUAGAUUAUGUUGCGGCUCGCAUGUCACCAGGCAUGUUCGUGUAACGUGAGGAAUGAAUCAUCUUUUACGUCAUUUUUCUUAUUGGUUUAUAAAAAUAUUUAAUUAGAUUUUUGUCUUUAGCGUUUCUUAUAAAUGUAGACGCAUAACUGAUUUGUGUAUAUAUGUUUAAGGUGGCUGCCCUGUACCAUGUAUAGAUGCAGUAUUUAUUGUGUUCGACGCCACGUGUGAAGUGCGAUGUUUGUCCCGCACUACUGAUGUUGUAGAGUGAAAUAUCGGGCCGUCCUGGCCAAAUUGAUAUUUAAUAUAUUAUAGUUGACGUACUUUUAAAAUUGCCGACGUGCGUUUAUGGUGACGACAUACCUUACGAGAUGUUAAUACUGCUCGUUAGAGCUGCUUUGACAAACGUAUUAACGUGAGGUGUUGCAUUUUGUAUUUUUUACUAAUAAAGUGUAUUAUAUUGUAAACGUA